AUGUCUGAGCCUCCCGCGUUGCAGAUCCGCUAGGCGAAUGCGCACCUGGCGGCAGUGCACCGGCGCGCGGCGGAGCUGGAGACUCGGCUGCUGGCGGCGGAGCGCAAGAUGCGCGUGCAGGCCGAGCGCCUGGCCCACCAGGAUCAGCAGCUGCGCGCAGCCCUGGACGAACUGAGCCGUGAAAAGGACCGGGAGAUUUCGGCUCUUCAGGAGCGGCUGCUGAGCUCUGAGGCAGCCAUGCUUAGCCUACAGGCCGCUGUGGACCAGAGGGACCAGUGCAUCCAGCAGCUGCAGCCACGGGCUAAGCUCCUCCAGGACAUCUGUCGGCGGAGGCAGCCCCUGGCUGCCCUGCUGGCUGCCUUAGAGGAGGCAGAGCACCUGGGGCCCUUGUCUAACAGUGACCUGGGCCAGCCGCUUCCUGAUGGGCCUGGCCUACCCAUGGCCAACAGCACUGGGGAGGAAGAGGGCCAGGACCACCUCCAGCCUGCCGUGUUUGGAACCACAGUGUGACCUGCACUGGAAGAUUCCAGAAGGCCAAGAUCUCACUUAGUUUAUCCCAGACAAGUUUAAAAAACAAAAAACAAAAAACAAGGGCUGGUACUGGGGUGCUGGCCUAGUGUGCACAAAGCCCUGGGUUCCAUCCCCAACACCGAAGCAACCCAGUGUGGGGGUGCAGGCCUGUCUGACCCUGAAGCCUGUGGGAUUGUUUUGUUUUGCUUUUUUGUGUGUGACAGGGCCUCAUGUAGCCCAGGCUAGCCUUAAACUUACUAUGUGGCUGAGGAUAACUGAACUCCUGAUCCAUCCAUGACAGGCAUAUGCCACCAGGCCCUGCCUUCUUUUGGUUCUUGUUUCCAUUUCGUUUUUUUUUUUUUUUUUUUCUGAGAGAGGGUUGCACUCUGUAGCCUAGGCUAGCCUAGAACUCACUGUCCUCCCGCUUCAGCCUUCUGGGUGCUGUGACAUGCCCAGCUGAUUUGAGUUUUUCUCCCAUUUUUUUUGUUAACCCCUUUGACCUGAUUCUUAUGCCUCUGGAACCUCAUCCCAGGGAUAAAGCCCUUCCCUCUCCUGUGUGCUCUGUUGCCUCUAUGUAAGAACACAUAUUGUUAACCCUCAGGGAAAAACAGGCAGGUUCAGGCAGAACAACCAGGCUGCCCUGCACACAUUUGCUCAUAGCCAUUUCCUUCCUCGUGGUGCCCGCCUUUGUGCUGUUUCCUCUACCUUGAAUCCUUUUCCUAUUUCCAGUCCUCCCUUGACACUCAGGCUUUGCUUUAAUAGCAUCUUCCCAGAGAGGCCUUCUCUGACCUAAUUCCUCCCAUCUGGUCCCUGCCCUCCACUGUGGUAGGGUCUCCCUGUAGUGCCAGUUAGCCUGGAACUUGCUAUGUAGACCAGGCUGGCCUCAAUCUUACAGAGAUCUGCCUGCCUCUGCCUGGGAUUAAAGGCAGGCACCACCAUUCCCAGCCUUGUUUUUUUGAGGCACCCUCUCACAUAGCCUAGACUAGCUUUUGUGAUCCUCCUGCCUCAGCCUCUCCAGUGCUGACCUAUAUGCACCACCAUGCCAGGAUCCAGUGUUUUCUCUGACUACCUUAUUAGUGGGAAUUUUGUCUUGGCCUUGUCACCGGUGUCUGACACACCCUGGGACCCUGGAAGCCAGCCAGGGGCCUCUGGCACAAGUAGGCCCAAUACCUGGGGAUACCUGUUUGGUCAGUUUCCUUUUCAUAACCCAAGAGAAUCUAUUUUGUAAAAUCCUGGUUUCUAUGCCGUCAAAGGCACUUUAUUUCUGUUAGAGGAGCUAGAGGGGUCCCUGUGCCCUCCUGUACCCCACCUGCUCAGUAUCUAUGGGGUUUGCUGGUCUCCAGUGCAGGAAUUCUUUUUAGAGCCACACAGGGGGAAGGCUAGGGCUGUUUGAGCCAGAAAGGACCCCCGGAUGUCCACAGCCCUCUGGAUGUUAGUGUCAAACGAAAACCUUCAACCCAUGGACGGAGGCCCCAUUUUGUCCUCCCACUGGGUGACUAGGGUAGAACUGUUUGUACAAGGGGGAAAGGCAACAGGUUGGGUGUCAGAAAUAAACCAGAUGAUUGCUCCA